AUGUCCAAUAACGUCGAGAUAGCCGCACAACAAGCGGAGAAUCUGCCAAAACAAGAAAUCCAAGAAGAUGAGUUUGAAGAACUUGAUCUCAUGUUCGAAGCCCACAAAUACGAUGAAGUUUAUCAACAGUUAUUAGAGGUGUGUGAGCUUAAAUUUUGUUUCCUUCUUGCAUAGUUCCUGUCGCUUUCGGAGAAAUUUUUUGGGGAAAACUCGCAUUGUUCGAGGAAUGCUUUAAUGAGGUCAUGUCCGCUUCUUUUAAUUUUUCUGAUAUUGUUAAUUAUUGGCCUAUUUAAUUAUAGAAGUUCAAAAAAGGAGGUUCCGAGAACGUGGGAGUUCUUUGGCGUCUGGGCCGUGUUCUCUACAUGAAAGCCUGCGAGGAUGGAAUCAAGCACUCCCGAGAGAAGGAACUCCUUUUUGAGGCGCAUAAACAUUGUGCCGCAGGGCAUGAGAUUGAUCCCAAGGACUUUGAAUGUGUGCGGUGGGCGGCCAUUGUGACCGGUGCUCUCUCGGAUCGCGGAAGGCUCGGGAAUCGAGAGAAGAUUCAAAUGGGGAACCAAUUCAAGGAGUAUCUGGACAAAGGCCUCGAGAUCGUGCCGGAUGACUACAUUCUGGCCCACCUUUAUGGCCGUCUCUGCUUUUCUAUCGCCAAUCUGAGUUGGGUUGAGAAAAAUCUUGCUGCUGUUCUUUACGGGAAUCCCCCGGAAGGCACGAUGCAAGAUGCUUUGGAGAAGUUCAAAAAGGUCGAAGAGGUUAAGCCCAACGAAUGGAUCGAGAAUCUGCUUUAUUUGGCCAAGACUCAACUGGCUCUCGGGAAGAAAGAAGACAUGAUUAAGACCUUGAAGACCGCUGAUUCCCUUGAACCCAUCAAUCUGCUCGAGGAGAACGCCAAGAAAGAAGUUAAACAGCUCCUCAAAAAACAUUCCAAAUAG